GUCUGCCUGCCUUGCCUGCUGGGCUGGUGCUUGAUUAAACCGUGGACCCAUGGGUGAGGACUGGGCUCUGGGCCCAGCGGUGGGUUCCUCCUUGCUUCUGUGCUCGGCUCUGCUGGCCGCGGGGUGCGCGCUGGGCCUGCGCCUGGGCCGCGGGCGGAGCGCGGUGGAGCGUGGCGUGCUCGCCUGGCUCUGCUAUGAUGCCCUGGUGCACUUCGUGCUGGAAGGCGCCUUUGUCUACUUGUCUGUACUAGGAAAUGUUGCAGAUUCCCGAGGCUUGAUUGCAUCUUUAUGGAAAGAAUACGGCAAGGCUGAUGCCAGAUGGCUGUAUUUUGAUUCGACCAUUGUGUCUGUGGAAAUUCUGACUGUUGUCUUGGAUGGGCUUUUGGCAUUGGUUCUAAUUUACGCCAUAGUCAAGGAGAAAUAUUAUAGGCAUUUCAUACAGAUCACCUUGUGCGUGUGUGAACUCUAUGGAGGCUGGAUGACCUUCUUCCCCGAGUGGCUUGUUGGAAGUCCCAACCUCAACACGGAGAGCUACCUCUACUUUUGGGUCUAUUUGGUGUUUUUUAAUGGCUUAUGGGUUCUGAUCCCAGGGCUGCUGCUGUGGCAGUCCUGGAGGGAACUGAAGGAGACAUACUGCCAAGGGGCCAAUUUAGAGAAAAAGCACUUGUAAAUUCUCAACACUUUGCAUUCUGAUGUGGUGCUUUAUGACUCAGAACUGACCAGACAUUCCAGUCAAUACUUCCUUUUUACGGUGUUGUUUCCAAAUAGCCGUUACGGGUGGGUUGGAAGGUGGCGAACUUUGCUGUUUGCUUUUGUCCUUUAUUAAACACUAAUAUAAUGGAAAGAGA